ACAGAAGUUUGCAGUGCAGCUUGGUCAACACGUCAACCCAUUGGUUGCAUUAUAUCACGUGUGUGGAUCGAAAGAUGGCGUCUCCAAAUGGAGGUGAUGAUUUUGAAUCAUCUCUGCUAAGUUUUGAGAAGCUGGAUAGAGCAUCUCCUGACCUAUGGCCAGAGCAAUUGCCAGGAGUCGCAGAUUUUGCUGCAUCAUGCAAAAAUCCAAUUACCAAUUCUCCACCCAAAUGGAUGGCUGAACUGGAGAGUGAGGACAUUGAAAUGUUAAAAGAGCUGGGGAGCCUGACCACAGCCAACCUGAUGGAGAAGGUCAAAGGGCUACAGAACUUGGCCUACCAGCUGGGCCUUGAGGAGUCCAGGGAGAUGACCAGGGGAAAGUUCCUGAACAUCCUGGAGAGACCCAAAAAGUGAAGACCCAGGAUGUGUCUGCACAGAGAGUAAUACAACACCCAGACGACUGACUUGAGACAGAAGAGGAGUCAGACCUAUGCCUUUAUGUAUACACUCAUACUACUACUACCACCAUCAAGUCCCUGGAUUUGAAUAUUGACACUGGGGCUAAAUUCAUUCACUGCGGAGUUCCCCUCGAGUCAAAGGGCUGCAACACUUUUCACCCCCUGACCUGUACAUUUCUUUUGUCCUCAAAGGCAGUUCCAUUUACUUUUAUAAUGAUUUGAAAUGGUGAAUUACUUAGCUUGCAGGACUGUUUUGAAAUGUGUAUAUUCUGUAUUUAUUAUUUUUCUAUUUGGAGCAUUCUAAAAAACAAAAGUGCAAUUUGUCAAAGAAAAUUGUGUAAUUCUUUAAAAAAAUGGAAUAAAUUGCUCCCUCUUUUAGGCUAUAACAUGUUUAUUAAUUGUCCUUGUAAGUGGUAAUUACCCUCAGUGAGCAUCUAUGGAUACAAUUUCAUCUUUCAAUGGUUUAGGAUACAAUUAAAUUCAUUUCAGAAACUGG